AUGCCUACUGAAUCCAUCCCGCUCUGGAAGACAGCUCCUCCCCCUUCAACAAACUUACGUCCCACCGACCACGCCCCAGACCAAGAGGACAACGCGAGCAGGACCUUUAGUUCGCCUGUGCUGGUCUCACAAGCGAGCUCGAGGCAUUCGACGCCCUUCUCCGACAUCCCCUCACGCAUAACCACAGAAGAGAAUCAGAAUAAAAGAGAGCUGAGGUUCAAAGAGCCCGAGAGCCCUGAGAGCAGCACCUCGGACCUCGACUUCGAGGACUGGGAUGAGCAGGACGGCACCGUCACCAUGCCUUCAGACCUCCGCCCCGAGCUAGAGCGAGGAGACCACCAUUCGUCGCCGCUGCUAGGGCACAAUCACAAGAGGGGUGAGGCCAGCCCGCAGGCCCCGUUGAGUAGGCGGUCGACGUUCCAUGAAAGGGACCCUGAGAGCCAGGCCAGGUUCGAAACGAGGAGACGGUAUACGUAUGCGGCCAUCUUUUUGGCGCUGAGCUUGGUGAGCUUUACGGUGCAGACGGAGACGGCGGUUUAUAUUCAGCACGAGCUGAAAUGGGAGAAGCCAUAUUGCAUGCUAUACAUGACCCACGGUUCUUGGGUCCUCCUAUGGCCCGUCCAACUCCUCCUCCUCCGCCUUCAAAAUUGGAACACGCCGUGGCACACCUUCUGGCGCCGCCACGUCCAAAUCCUCCGCCAAACCGCCCUUAUGGUGCAACACCAAACCCUCCACCCCUCGGUCCGCCAAUCCCAACACUCUCCCAUCCCGUAUAUGCUUAAGAUGACGGCCUUCGUCACCUGUGCCCUCACCGUAGCAGGUGGGAGCUGGUAUGUCGCCGUCAACAUGACCACGGCUAGCGACUUGACGGCCAUCUACAAUUGCUCCGCCUUCUUCGCCUACGCCUUUAGCAUCCCUCUCCUCCACGAAAAAGUUCGCCUCUCCAAAGUCCUUGCCGUAGCCGUGGCCAUCAUGGGCGUCUUCGUCGUGGCGUACGGGGACAAAGCGCCCGCGAAACACGGGUCGAAAUCCGGGGGCGGCGCGGGCGGCGACAAAGCACCUCCCUCUCACGAAGCCAAUGCUCGCGCUCUCGGAAACCUCGUCAUAGGAAUUGGGAGUGUGCUGUAUGGCUUCUACGAAGUGCUGUAUAAGAGACUCGCCUGUCCGCCCGAUGGAUGUUCCCCAGGGCGCGGCAUGAUCUUCGCAAAUACAUUCGGGAGCCUCAUUGGCACCUUCACCCUCUCAGUGCUCUGGAUCCCCUUGCCACUUCUCAACUACACGGGCUGGGAGGAGUUUGGUCUACCUCGAGGCGAGCAGGCCUGGAUGAUGGCCAUCUCUGUCCUUGCCAAUGCCACCUUCUCCGGAUCCUUCCUCGUCCUAAUCUCCCUCACUUCCCCGGUCCUAUCUUCUGUCGCCGCCCUUCUGACCAUUUUCAUCGUCGCAAUCGUCGACCAGCUCCUUCCCCCACCCUUGAACUCUCCUCUUACGCCCGCUGCCAUUGUUGGUGGGCUGCUUAUUAUCGGCGCUUUUAUCUUGCUCAGUUGGGCAACUUAUAAGGAAAUGGAUGAAGAGAGAAGGAAGAAACUUGAGGAGAGUGGGAGUGAUAUUGAUGAAUAG